UUUUACGCAAUGGGUUUGCCGCCAGAACACAGGUGUCGUGAAAACCACCAGUAACUCAAACCCAAGAUGGGAAAGGAAAAGACUCACAUCAACAUCGUCAUCAUUGGACACGUAGACUCCGGCAAGUCCACCACUACUGGCCAUCUGAUCUAUAAAUGUGGGGGCAUGGACAAAAGAACCAUCGAGAAAUUUGAGAAGGAGGCUGCUGAGAUGGGGAAGGGCUCCUUCAAGGAUGACUGGGUCUUGGAUAAACUGAAAGCUGAACGGGAGCGCAGUAUCACCAUUGACAUCUCCCUGUGGAAAUUCGAGACCAGCAAAUAUUACGUGACCAUCAUUAAUGCCCCAGGACAUAGAGACUUCAUCAAAAACAAGAUUACAGGCACAUCUCAGGCCGACUGUGCUGUCCUGAUUGUUGCUGCUGGUGUUGGUGAAUUUGAAGCAGGCAUCUCCAAGAAUGGACAGACUCAUGAGCAUGCCCUUCUGGCCUACAUGCUGGGUAUGAAACAGCUGAUGGUUGGCGUUAACAAAAUGGAUUCCACUGAGCCACCCUAUAGCCAGAAAAGAUACGAGGAAAUUGUUAAAGAAGUCAGCACCUACAUUAAGAAAAUCGGCUACAACCCUGACACAGUAGCAUUUGUGCCAAUUUCUGGUUGGAAUGGUGACAACACGCUGGAGCCAAGUGCUAACAUGCCUUGGUUCAAGGGAUGGAAGGUCACCCGUAAAGAUGGCAAUGCCGGUGGAACCACGCUGCUUGAAGCUCUGGAUUGCAAUCUGCCACCAACUUGUCCAACUGACAAGGCCUGCGUCUGCCCCUCCAGGAUGUCUACAGAAUUGGUGGUAUUGGGACUGUCCCUGUGGGCCGAGUGGAGACUGGUGUUCUCAAGCCCGGCAUGGUGGUCAGCUUUGCUCCAGUCAAUGUUACAACUGAAGUAAAGUCUGCUGAAAUGCACCAUGA